AAUCCGUCACGGUUUCUUUCUGCUUUAACCUCAAUUCAAUCGCUCUGCCCAUUUUCUACUGUAGAGAUUUUAUUUAUUAUUUUGUAAUUUUUUUUUAAUUAUUAUUUUCUCUGCGGAUUUAUUGCGGAAGGUACUCUCUGAUUUCCUGUUCUUAUCGAUUAUGGAAAAUUUCUGAUUUGGGAAGGUAUAUCUGUUGUUUAGGCGUUGUUUUACGUGUUUGGUGGUCGUAGAUUUGAUAUUGUUUAGUGUUGUGUGAUUUAUCUGCUUCAUUGAUCGAUUAUGGGGUCGAAGAUUGAGCAUCUGUACGUGAAAAUGAGUUAUUCGGUGUUUUUGUAGGGUUAUUUGUUCUAGGCUUUCGUUGAUUUUGGUUGGUGUUGAUAGUUAGGUUUUAGCAAAAUUGGUAAAAUUAUUUGUGAGAGGAUAAAUAAGGUUUAGGAAAUGGGGGAAGAUCUGAUGACAGGGUUGAAUAUCGAGAAUUAUCAUCCAUCGACAUUCCUGUCCAUGGAUUCUUCAAUUGCUGCCUGUGACAUGAAUAGGCAAGUUAUUCUUUCCGGUCCACCGGAUAUUAAUCUUCCAUUGUUGGUGGAGCCGAGCCCUCCUCCUCCUCCUCUGGUGGCUCAGUCAUGGAGCCAUGAGAUGUUUGAUAUGCUUGAGGUUGGGCUUGGGCAUCCGGCAGGUGAUUCGGAUAAGCUAAUUGAGUUACCUAAGCUUGGUCGAAAGUUCGCCAAGAGAUUGGACAAUGUGUGGGGUGCUUGGUUCUUUUUCAGCUUCUAUUUCAAGCCUGUUGUUAAGGAAAACUCGAAGUGGGAUGACAAUGGCAUUUCUGGAUUCGAUAAGAAUGAUCUAAAGCUCGAUGUCUUCUUGGUGCAGCAUGAUAUGGAGAAUAUAUAUAUGUGGGUUUUCAAGGAGAAGCCGGAGAAUGCAUUGGGUAAGAUGCAGCUGAGAAGCUUCAUGAAUGGCCAUUCUCGCGAGGGGCAGCGCCCAUUUCCAUUUAGUGUUGAUAAAGGUUUUGUUCGGUCUCAUAAAAUGCAGAGGAAACACUACAGAGGACUCUCUAAUCCGCAGUGUUUACAUGGGAUAGAAUUGGUCCCAUCGCCCAAUUUGAUGCGCCUCGACGAGGAAGAGCAGAAGAGAUGGGUGGAACUCACUGGUAGAGAUCUCAACUUUUGCAUUCCCCCCGAUGCGAAGGAUUUUAUCACGUGGAGGAACCUCCCAAACGUAGAUUUUGAGCUUGAAAGACCACUUCCUUUGGCGAAGAAGAAACUUCUCAAUGGAUCGGGUUUGAAUUUAUCGACUCAACCAUCUAACAAUGUGAAUGCGAAUGGGAAUGGUUUGAAAAGGAAAGAUCUAUUGUCGAAUGGAAAUGACGAAGAUUGCACUUUUCCUAAUAAUGCCAAUGGGAAUCGACAUCAAGAUGCAGAAUUCCAUCAAAUCGAUCCUCCUUGGAUGAAUGAGUUCACUGGCGUAAUGAGAAACGUAAAUGGUCCUGUUACAGCUGCAAAAACUAUAUACGAAGAUGAAGAAGGAUACUUGAUACUUGUUACGUUACCUCUUACUGAUCCUGGCAGCGUGAAAGUUCAUUGGUCGAACAAUCUCCACCAUGGAGUGGUGAAGAUUUCUUCGAUUAGCACAGCGUGCAUGCCGUUUCUUCAGAGAAGGGACCGUAUGUUUAAGCUCACUGAUCCAGCUCCGGAGCACUGCCCCCAUGGGGAAUUUAAACGUGAAAUCAUGCUGCCCACAAGGAUCCCUGAUGAUGCACAGCUCGAAGCUUAUUUCCACAAGAAUGAAACAAUUCUCGAGAUAAAAGUGCCUAAACAUCGAAUGGGACCAGAAGAGCACGAGGUUACUGUUUGCCUUCGCCCUCCGAAUGAAUUUGGAUUGUCUUGAAUGAGGUAUAUCCUAACCGAACAAUGGGUAAGCCCCGGCACACUGAUUAGGUAUAUUCAAUAGUAUUGAAAUUUUUAUACACAUCAUAUUGAAUUUUCGACUUAGCUCAAGCUGUUGCUCUUGUUCUUGUUAUUUUCCCGAUCUUUUUGAAUCUUUAUGGCUGUAGUUUGGGCGUUUUCUUAGCUUUAGAUGCCGAGUGAUUUUUGUGAAGUCUAAAAUCCUUACUGAUUCGUUUGGCAUUAAUUUAAGCCCCCUUGGUGUCUGAUUAUUACCUUGAUCGAUGGGAAAGUCGAAAAAAGACUCCAUUGAUGAGUAACCAAGAUAGGUACGUACCUUCGAGCGCGGCAAUUUUGCCAAUUAUUGUGAUGUUUGAUAUAUAGCUUCUUGGCUUUCAUUAUGAAACUUUUAAGGAUCGAAAUCGAAAGAAAUCUGCACUUUGCAGAGAAUAGAUCAAAGCAAGUGCUUGAAAAGAUUGAAAGAAAUCCAUGAAUGGAUUUUAUGGAUGUUGAUAGAUUUUGUUAUGGUAUUUUUUUUAUUUUUUUUGGAAAUUCUUGUGUACACAUGAUCAUGAGUUGUUGCUAUAUAAUACUAAGUGUUGUUUGUUUGUCUGUCAUUUUGUUCAUAUCUGUUUAGUGUUUGUGUAAUUUACAAGAGGAGGAGCUUUGAGUGUAGAUGAAAUGUGAAAUAUUUUAACCACAACACAUUUGUGGCAAGAAUUGGCAGAAG